UUGUUCCCUUGUAUCCAGACCACAACUGUCCAGUAUGGAGCUUUUUGAGACCAACCCUUAUUUCUUCCCUGACCAGCGCUUCUAUGAAGGAGGGGACAGCUACUUCCCCUCUCGCCUGCCCGGGGCGUAUGACCAAGCUGGCUACCAGGACAGGAACUCCAUGAUGGGCUUGUGUGGGAACCUGUCUGGGGGUGUCGGAGUUGGAGUGACAGGUACCGAGGACAAAGCCUCUCCAUCCAGCAUGUCGCCUCACUCCGAGCCCCACUGCCCAGGUCAGUGUCUUCCCUGGGCCUGUAAGCUGUGUAAAAGGAAGACAGUGACCAUGGACCGCCGGCGAGCAGCCACACUGAGGGAGAAGAGACGCCUAAAGAAGGUGAACGAGGCCUUCGAUGCUUUGAAGAGGAGCACGCUGAUGAACCCCAACCAGAGGCUGCCCAAGGUUGAGAUCUUGCGGAGCGCCAUCCAGUAUAUUGAAAGGCUCCAAGCCCUGGUGUCCUCCCUCAACCAGCAGGACACUGAGACAGGACAGCAGGGUUUGCUCUACCGGCCCAGCCCAACUCAACCCAGAGUGUCGUCGUCAAGCGAGCCCAGUUCAGGCAGCACCUGCUGCAGCAGCCCGGAGUGGAGCAGCACUCCAGAGCAGUGCACGCAGAGCUACAGCAGCGAGGAUCUCCUGAGCGUUGCAGACUCUCCAGAGCAGGGGAACAUGCGGGCCUUGACCUCCAUUGUGGACAGCAUCUCUGCAGCUGAUGGACCUGUGGCCUUUCCUGUGGACAUUCCCAAAUAG